CCGCGGGGACCCGUAGCCGAGUUGGCUGUGCCCGCGAUGGCCAGGACCCGGAGGCCGCCGCCGCCGCCGCCGCAGUUGCGAUUUGCCACCGGGCUGUAUGUGUCGGGGAAGGCCAGGGACCCGGGGUGCGUUUCCCUCCGCGCCGCCCGAGCAGGGAAGGCGGGGGCCUGCGCGCAGCGGGGCUGAACCGCGGGCCGAGGGCGCUUUAACACUUGCUCGCCAGGUUGGUGGAGGCGGGGCGGGUUCUGCAGGCGGUCGCUGGGCGGCGAGGGUGGGGGCCCUUUAAGCGCCCACCAACGCGGGGGCCGGAGGGGGGCAGGGAGGGGAGGGAACUCCUGGAGGGUCUUACGCCGGCCCGCGAGACGCUGCCGAGAAGAGAUGCAGAGAGGGCGGCCCCGGCUGGAGUCCUAGAGCCGAGCGCCGCGGGUGGCGGGGACCUAGCGCUGCUCCCCGCGGGGGCGCACGGCCGCAGGCCCUGGAGGUGGUGCCUCCCCCAAGAAACCGGUGGGGGGGCUUCCUCGCGGCCUCCGCUCGGGCUGCCAAGGCGCUGCUCUCAGCCUCCGCUCGGCUCCUUCCCUUGUGGGAGGGCGAGAGGGAAAGAGGGAGGAGAGAGAGGUGGGGGAGGAGGGAGCUGGAGAGAGGGGGACUCUGCGCCAACCGCCGGCGGAUCCAGCAGCUCCUCGAGGAGGACGCGCGGGCGGGGGAGGGCGCGCCGAGGCUCGCUCGGGAGAAGUGGCCGCCGAUGACGGCAGAGGUGCAGCCAGCCCCGCGCGCGCAGCCCCCUCCCCCUCGCCCUCCUCCCCCUCCUCCUCCUCUUCCUCCUCCUCCUCCUCCUCCCGGCUCGUCCGCGGCGCAGAGCAGCGGCGGCAGCGGCGGCGGCGGCAGCAGCCACCCGAUGUCUUCGGCGCCCGAGAAGCAGCAGCCACCGCACGGCGGCGGCGUUGGCGGCGGCGGGGGAGGCGGCGCGGCCAUGGACCCCGCGUCGUCCGGCCCGUCCAAGGCCAAGAAGACGAACGCCGGCAUCCGGCGCCCCGAGAAGCCUCCCUACUCGUACAUCGCGCUCAUCGUUAUGGCCAUCCAGAGCUCGCCCACCAAGCGCCUGACGCUCAGCGAGAUCUACCAGUUCCUGCAGAGCCGCUUCCCCUUCUUCCGCGGCUCCUACCAGGGCUGGAAGAACUCGGUGCGCCACAACCUCUCGCUCAACGAGUGCUUCAUCAAGCUGCCCAAGGGCCUCGGGCGGCCGGGCAAGGGCCACUACUGGACCAUCGACCCGGCCAGCGAGUUCAUGUUCGAGGAGGGCUCCUUUCGGCGGCGGCCGCGCGGCUUCCGAAGGAAAUGCCAGGCGCUCAAGCCCAUGUACACCAUGAUGAACGGGCUGGGCUUCAACCACCUCCCCGACACCUACGGCUUCCAGAGCUCGGCCGGCGGCCUCUCCUGCCCGCCCAACAGCCUGGCGCUCGAGGGCGGCCUGGGCAUGAUGAACGGCCACUUGCCGGGCAACGUGGACGGCAUGGCUUUGCCCAGCCACUCGGUGCCCCACCUGCCCGCCAACGGUGGCCACUCGUACAUGGGCAGCUGCGGCGGCGCGGCGGCCGGCGAGUAUCCGCACCACGACAGCUCGGUUCCCGCCUCCCCGCUGCUGCCCGCCGCCGCCGGAGGGGUCAUGGAGCCGCACGCCGUCUACUCGGGCUCCCCGGCCGCCUGGCCGCCCUCGGCCUCGGCGGCGGCGCUCAACAGCGGCGCGUCCUACAUCAAGCAGCAGCCCCUGUCCCCUUGCAACCCCGCGGCUAACCCCCUGUCCGGCAGCCUCUCCACGCACUCCCUGGACCAGCCGUAUCUGCACCAGAACAGCCACAACGCCCCAGCUGAGCUGCAAGGCAUCCCGCGGUAUCACUCUCAGUCGCCCAGCAUGUGUGACCGAAAGGAGUUCGUCUUCUCUUUCAACACCAUGGCGUCCUCGUCCAUGCACUCGGCCGGCGGCGGCUCCUACUACCACCAGCAGGUCACCUACCAAGACAUCAAGCCCUGCGUGAUGUGAGGCCGCGGGCGCUCCCGGCUCGGGCGCCCGCGCGGGGACCUCGGACCCAUCGCCAGAAACUGCUUUAUUCUCGAGGUAUAACCGUCGGCAGAAGAAAAGGGUUUGACCCCUCCCCAACCGGAUUAUUCGGAAAGCGGUCCCCAAGGCAAAGACCCAGCGCGGUGGUCGGCACCUCCUCCCCCACGCCCUCAAAAAUUCAAAAAAUGGUGGCGGCGGGGCCUGAUCUGACUGCAGCUGUUGGUAAAUAAAUAUCUAUUUUUGACCCAAUUGGAACCGACUGAGAAGGUGCUGCGUUGGGGAAACCCUCACCAUCUACACAAGAUUCUGCUGCGGUCUCCCCCCCUCCCCACCGAAGGCCAAAGUGGGGAGGUUUAUAGGAAAAAGGCAAGCAUGUGAGACCGUCAUUAUCAAAUACUUUAUUUUUUGGUUGAGUAUUUAUCUUUUUAUUUUUAAUUUUUUUUUUGGAAAGAAUGUCUUGGAACGCGCAAGUCUCCUUUUAGAGCCGUCUUUGCAGGGAAGGGGGGGCACGAGACACCUCGCUCCCCCCCCACCUCAGAAGUCCUCCGUGACCACAGGUGGAUCUUUGUGCAAACAACUUGCAUUUCUGAAGCCACUGUUCGUCUUAAAAAAGAAACCAGAAGGAGCCCAGAAGCGGGCGGCCCUCGGGCCUCUGCCGUCCCCCUCCGCCUUCCUCUCCUGCCUUCUCUUCAGUCUUUCUGGUUUUGUUUCGAAUUUUCUUUGGACUUUCUUGGUGGGUUAUUCCUCCGGAGCCCCGGCUGCCUCCCCAUCUCUACUGUAAACCUUCCGGGGCGAGAGCGAGGCGAGCAGGGCGCCCGCCGCGGGGACUGGGCAGGCCCGGCGCAUGGAGUCAGCGUCGCGGGAGCAGGAAGGUUAAGGCACUUUUAAAACUCUAGCAAGGCUCAUCCUGUUAUUUAUUCUACUUUCUUUCCCUAAUAAUCGAAACACCGCAUAGGCUCCUCCGUUUAUCAGUAUUAAUGGUGUAACUUUGUUGGCAAUAUUUGCCGAGUAGAAUUUUUUUUUUAGAUAUCCAUUGUAAAUUUGAAACAAAGUCCGAUCUGUGUAAAAACAAAUUUCCAUAUGUUUUAUAUAAAUAUAUAUAUAAAAUGAAGGACUACCCCCCCUUUUUUUGGUAUUUUGGCUGCUGGGGUGCAGCGUUUGUGACACGUAUUUUAAAUUUCCUUCUGCACUGUAUAAAAUGACAAUUUGAGGAUGUUUUGCCUUUGUGUAUUUUUUCCUAAAAAAAAAGAACAAAAAUAAAAAUGUAUAACAUUUGUAUCUG